AUGUUUUUUGUAAACAUAAAUGACACUUUAUCCAUUUCUAAUCGGCAAAUGAUUCACUACCAACGGCCACUAAUAAACGACCGUGAAAGAGACAUUUACAUGGUCGCCAACUACGUUUUGGUAACAGCUGCCAUCAGUUUAUUUGGUGUGGUCGCCAACAUCAUUAACAUCCGUGUCUUCUUCAAACAAGGAUUCAGUAGUACCGUCAACAUAACAUUUUUUGCAAUAGCCAUUUCAGACCUCGGCAGUCUCCUCGGUUUGUUGUGGGGUGGAGUUUGCGUCAAUCCUCUUUUUGUCUAUUCAGACGCCGUUAUUGUGCCCCUAGAAAUCUUGUACCUUACAUCGGGAAUACCUCAUAUUUGUUUCGUGCGCAUAACUGGCUGGUUAACUGUUUUCAUUACCGCUGAAAGAUGUUUGUGCAUCAUUUCACCGCUAAAAAUCAAACAACUUAUAACACCAAAAGUUACUAUGGCGACUGUAUCAUCUAUUUACAUCGCUAUUAUGUUGUCAUUUGUUCCGGAAUUUGAGAUUGCCUAUUUUGAUUGGAAGUUUUAUCCACAUAAGAACAGAACAUUACUUGGGUUGAUGUUUACUAGCAAAAAAUCCAGCAAUGAAGGGAUUGUGUUCUUCUUGUACUCCGUUCUCGGAACUGUAUCGUUUGUAGCCGUAAUUAUCUUCACAAUUAUUCUAGUUCAGCAGCUGAAGCAAAAAUCAAAAUGGAGAAAGAAAGCGAACAUAGAGCGUGGACUUUCAGAAUCCAUGUCAAGUCGGGACCGGAAGACGAUGAACAUGGUCGUACUCAUAGCCAUUGUGUUAAUUGUCUGUUAUAUACCUGGAGUCGCUGUAUCGUUGACAACAUUUUCCAUGGUCGAAUUUAGAAUCUUUGGAAGGGAAGUCAACUUAUUUUAUGUUGCUUGGACUUUUGCUUUUAUUUUUGAAGCCAUUAAUGCAAGCAUCAAUAUCUUUGUCUACUACAAAAUGAGCUCUAAAUAUAGAGAGACAUUUUGUGACAUGUUUAGGAUUACAGCAUCAUAUAAAUAA